UUGCUGCGCGACGGAUUUGUUGUGGUUAACAUGACAGCGAAAAAGCUGCAGUGAUCCGGCUCGGCACCUCCAUUAUUUCCAUCCCAGAUCACUUUAAAAUGAAAUAGGCUGCUCUUCCUGGUCGCAUACGGGUCGUUUAAUCUGUAACCCGCGGUUUCUGCUCAAUAUUGGCCAUUUUCUCCGAACCGGAAGACCUGAAAGAGAUCAAAGUUAGGAGGUGACAUCUGGCUGUUCAACACCUGACUUCAUUGAAUGAGGUGUAGCGAAAAUUAGCAUUUGUUUUGGCUCGAUCCCCUUACAAAAUAAAAAACACAACCGGCAUUCAGUUGCACUUGGGAAACAUAUUCUUAUAAAACUGCAGGUUAACGGCAGCGAGCUGGCGCAGGUCGUGGGGUGUGCGUGGAUAAUGCGAGACAGCGGUGGUAGCCUGGCUCAGAACCGCUGGCAGGGAGACCUGGGCCUGACCGCUGUGGGGCAGGAGGAUGCUGGAGGAGGUGGAAUUCCUGGGGACCACCUCAUUGACCCAGCGUCAGGCCACAGCGUGCCCAGCCCCAUGCACCUCAAACUGGGCCAGAAGGAGAAAGUCUGGAUGGGCGAGUAUAUGGAAGAAGAGGAGGAAGAUGGGAUGGGUGAGAUUGAGGCGAUAGGCGACGAAGAGGCAGAGAACAAUCUGGAUGGGGAGGAGGGGGCAGAGUUUGAGGGUGGGGGUUGGGAUGAUGAUGAGGAGGAGGAGGGAGACGACGAAGAAGAUGGGGAAGGAGAAGGCGAUGAGGCAGAGGUGGAGUGGGAAGUCCCCGACUUUCCCUCCCAAGCCAAUCAGCACCCCCACCCACAACACCAACACCAUGGACCACAACAGAAGGAAGACGAAGGCGGCAACGUCAACAUGGACGUUACUGACUCCCAGGCCAAAGCAGGGGACUCGCCUCGAUCCAGAUUCCCGGUGCGGUCCCGGCUCAGCGGCCUCAGGGCCCUGCGGAGGCUCAGGCGCUGGCAGCGGUUGCGAUCCCAUGGUGGCCUUCGUUUCCGUCUCACCCAGCACUGGAAGAGCUGGCGCCAGCGGGCUCAGUGGUUGGGCAUCUUAGGGCACCGAUGGGCCAGGAGAGGGCAGCGGUACAAUCUGUACAGCAAGCAGAAGAAGAUCAAGAGGUACCGGCCAUCAUUCACUGAUGAAGAGGACGAUGAUGACGACAGGUUCACCGAGUCUGAGAAAGAUGAGCACAUGAACAGCGGCUCUGCAGACAGUCAAGAGGAGAGAGGGAGGAGGGAAGUGGAGGACAAACCAGCGGAGCUCUCCCUCACUGAAGAACACAUGAGCUGUGUGACGGGUAUUCUUGAAGAGUCUUUACAGCAGUAUGGCAGUUUGAUUCCCAUCCAUGUAGAUGACAUUGUGGAGAAGCUUCAGGAUAUCUUCAGCGAGAGCUUCUCUCAGCCACACAGGAAAGCGGUGGUGCAGCACCUAAUGCAGUCCUUUCAGCGUUCAUCGGGAACAGCCCUUGUGCGAACGUUUCGAGUCAACUACAAACGCCACGUGCUGACGAUGGACGACCUGGGCACUCUGUAUGGACAGAACUGGCUUAACGACCAGGUCAUGAACAUGUAUGGUGACCUGGUCAUGGACUCUGUACCGGAGAAGGUGCACUUUUUCAACAGCUUCUUUUAUGAUAAGCUAAGAACAAAAGGCUACGAAGGAGUCAAACGGUGGACGAAAAAUGUGGAUAUCUUUCAGAAGGAUCUGUUGUUGAUCCCCAUCCACCUGGAGGUCCACUGGUCGCUUGUCAGCGUUGACAUCCCUCGCCGAGCCAUCACCUACUUUGACUCACAGCGGACCCUCAACAGACGCUGCCCAAAGCACAUUUUCAAGUAUCUGCAAGCGGAGGCCAUCAAAAAAGACCAGCGAGACUUUUUGACGGGAUGGAAAGGCUUCUUCAAAAUGAAUGUGGGUCGUCAGAACAAUGACAGUGACUGUGGGGCUUUUGUACUACAGUACUGUAAGUGUUUGGCACUGGGGCAGCCAUUCGGCUUUGGCCAACAGGAUAUGCCCCGGCUGAGGAGGCAAAUGUACAAAGAACUGUGUCACUGCAAGCUCACCCUGUGACCCCCUCCCCUCACUGUUCCCCCCACCCGCCGGGUUGCCCCUGCCGUCCAGCAGGAAGGCGCACGACUGGGUGGAGUUGCCUGUUGAAGCUGAUCUGAUGUGCGGCCGGGAUUCAAGCGAACCGGCUGGCUCAUGAUUGCAGAGAGGACGAAGGGAAGGUGGUACGGCGGACGCCCAGUCAGCUUUAAAGGGCAACUUCACCCUGAGGCAGCAGUCUUCAGUGGCGUCACCCUGCCAGGACGGAGGGACAUGGAUAUAACAAGUGAAGGACAAGGGGAGCAAAUGAUUGACUGGAAAAAAGAGGAACUUUUCAAAAAGAACUACUUUUUUUCCUCUGACAACAACAUCCAGAGAAAUUAUGAGUUCUUCUACUGCUACUCCCCCCGCAGGCGAUCUUGUUGUUUAGCCUUGUUUUUGCCUCUCUUUCUCUUUCCCUCCCUCUCUCCCCCCUCCCUGUGACAUCUCUGGUUUUUAUUUCCAUGUCUAUGGUUAUUCCUUUGUGGUUGACAGAGGCCAAGACUAACUUCCAUUUUGGGAAUGUUCUAAUCUCCAUGUUGUAAUCCACUCGCCUCCAUCAAUCUGAACGGCUAAAUGUGAGCAUGAAGACGUGAUAGAGUAUGAUAUCUGUAGUAUCCAGGCCAGGCGGUGGAUGAAAGCAAAAGUUAGUUGUUUAUGCUGACUACUGCUUGUACUUCAGAAGAUCGAACCGUGAACCAGCGGGUUAGGGGAGGAGGGGCAAAUAGAUAUGACAUGUGACACAUGGAACUCACUGGGGCUGCACAACCCUGUGGUCAAACUGCACCACUGUAUCUUCAUCCUGCUACCCCGCUCAUCCGCCCAGUCCUUGUGUUUGUGUUCCGUUCAAGGUGAAAGUCAGAAAUUCCCAGCUGGUACCUCUGGAAAAACCAUAGAAACAUCAACGCCUCGAGAUUUAAUUUUCCCAAAAUCCUGCAAAAUCCUCUUCCCCAUGUAACAGCUAAUGUUAUGACAGUGAUAUUUAGCAGCUCGCUAACUGCAAGUGCAACUUUACAAUUUGUUUAACCAUGAACUGCACAGAUGGUAGAUUUCUAUAAUGCUGAAAAUGGAACCUAGAAGUAUUUUGGUAAUUAGAAACAUGUUUAAAGUACCACUGUAUAAAUGCAUCUCAGAAAGAUCAAGGUAGCGAAAUCCUUGUCGAGUUUCCUACUUGGAAUUCUGAGUUGAAGGGCCGUCCCGGAGCAUUUUAUUCCCAGAUUUUUUGACUUUCGGACCUCUGCAGAGCACAACAUAUCUGACUCAGUGACAUCAGCGUCCCCUCCUCUACUCUCCCCAGUCACACAAAUUUCAUCCGCUUCGUUUGGGAGUGUGGAUCGGCCUCUCUUUGGAUCACCGCCCCAAAUUCAAGCCAGAAUGACCAAUUGGCCCGUAGAAGUUAUCAUUCUGUCUUCUCAUUGUGUUCAUCUUUCUCUCGCCAUCUGUUUUUAUCUUUGUCAGUAAACGUGUUGCUAUGCUUAUCGUUUAAAAAAAAAGUGUAUUAAAAGGAGGACAACAAAUUUGUUUCAUAUUUUUGGAGUAAGUACAUACAAAAAAAAAAAAAAAAAAAGAUCCUCCGGUUGGUAUUUCUUUGAAAGUUUGAGCCACAUUUUGGUCAGGACCAUGACAGCUACAGAACAGAUGAAAUAUGUUCGCAGUGGUGUUACCCUCCUCUACUCUUCUUUUGUAACUAAGGACAACUUUGUUGAUAGCUAUGUGUUAUAUUUUUUUUUGUUUCUAUUUUUUUUUUUUCAAGCAGGAGUUGAUGCAACAUAAUUGACUGUUUUAUAUAUCUUCUACAACGCAUUAUGGUUGCUAAGAAUAAACAUACAUGGUAAAGAA